AUGGCCGACGCGCAGUAUGAACCUACCCCGAGCAUUCCGGUGAGCGAGCUCUUCAGCUUGAAGGGACAAGUUGCCCUCGUCACUGGGGGCACGCGAGGAAUCGGUGAAGCUUGUGCGAUCGCUCUUGCUGAAGUGGGGGCAUCGAUCUGCCUCGCCCAGCGUAAUCCUGCUCACACCACCGUGCAAGACAAGAUCCGCACUCUAAACGUGCGAUGCGAGAUCCUGCCUUGCGACCUGGGAGACUUGGAAGCGGUCAAAACUUUGUUCGACAGGGCGCUGGAGCUGAUGGGAGGAGAGAUACACAUCUUGUUCAACUGCGGGGGAAUGCAAUAUCGUGCGCCAGCAGUGGACUUUCCUGAGGAGAAAUGGGAUGAAAUCAUCAAUGUCAACCUCAAGUCGCUCUUCUUGGUGUCUCAAGCCGCAGGUCGCCACAUGGUUCCCCGUCACCGAGGUAAGAUCAUCAACAUCGCGUCAUUGACGACAUUUAUUGGUGGGGUCAGCAUCCCUGCAUAUGCCUCCUCUAAGGGGGCAGUUGGGCAGCUCACCAAGGCACUCAGGAAUGAGUGGUCGAGGCACAAUGUACAAGUGAACGCAAUCGCCCCGGGCUACAUCGCCACGGAAAUCAACGCCGAUCUUCGGGCUGACGAAACUCAAUUCCGUCAACUUUCGGAGCGCAUUCCCGCCGGCCGAUGGGGCACUCCUGCCGAUUUCGCUGGCCCGACUGUAUUCCUCGCGAGUGCAGCGAGCCAAUACAUAUCUGGAGAGGUGAUGGUUGUUGAUGGGGGAUUUUUGGGUCGUUGA